GGCACGGUUUUGUAGUAGAGACUCGGUCACUUCUCUCUCAGCUCUAAUGGACUAAAACACAGCUCUCAGGGUCUCUUCUGAACAUCCGUCUGAUGAAACCGGACUCUCGGACCGACAUGACUCCUCCUCGGUGGGAUUAAAGUGCUCAGAGGAACCGCAUGCGAUACGUGCCACAUGUCGUGCAUGGGUCUGAAACGAACGCUGGAGCCGGAGGACGAGGACGAGCCCGAGCCCAAGAUGGCGGCCCUGUGGGCGGAGUCGUCCACGCCGUACUCGUGGCAGAGGCAGACGGUCCUGCAGCUCUCGCUUCAGAAGCUGUGCCACGUCCUUUCUCUGGGCCGCCGCGUCCUCAUCACCAACACGCUCCGGCUCGUCCAGGAGGAGAUCAGCCACCAGGGGGCGCCGCGUCCUAGCCCUCCGGCAGAGGAGCGCCAGAAACCUCCGCAGCGCCAAGCGCCUGAGGUCAGUUUGACCCCGGCGUGGGUUCUGGAGCAGGAUGCCGAGCCGGAUUUCUCUCCGAAGGAUGGCUUCAUCUCCACGCUGGAGGAAAUCCACGGGACCGGCGCCUCUUCCUCGUUCUCUGUCUCAGAACUGGAGGCAAACAGUACUGAAAAAGAAACUCCAAUGCAGACCAUCUGCCUCGAGUCUCACUUGGACUUCGCCCAGCCCAGUUUAAACUACAUAAACCCCUCCCUCCCCUUAUCCUGCCCGGCUUUCCUUCCUGACCUCUCGCUGGACGACUUCCUCUUUUCAGACCUCGACAACUUCCUGUGCGAGUUGAACCCUUGCACCUUGAACUUGAGUCCCGGCCCGGGCUCGCAGUCGAAGGUUGUCUCUAUGGUGACUGAUGACCUGGUGAGGAGUUUGACCAACCAGCCAUUCAAAACGGACCUGAACGAUCUGGAGCACCUCAUGGAAGUGCUGGUCGGAUCGUGAGGAAAAUAAUAAGACUGGAAUUUCUUUUACAUGGAUAUUAAUAUUGUGAUUUCUUUUAAAAAGAAUUGUGUGAAAUAAGUCAGGGAGUCUGGGCUUAGCUUGUAUUAAAUGUCUAUAAAAACAAAACAAGGUAAAGUAAAUUGUGUUACUGCAGUGUUUUGAAUUAUGGGCUGUCGCCCCAGCUGGUUGCCAUGGAAAUGAUUGUAUAUUUAUUUGAGCGAUAUGCAUGUAUUUAUUAUACAGCAGUUAGUACAGGGAUGUAAUAUAUAUAUAUCAGAUUUUUUAGCUCUAUUUUGGUUUUUAAUAGAUUUUACACUUUUAUACAGAUGAAGGUACACUAUUUUGCUACUGAAAUCGUGAAAUAAAGGUGACGGUUUUGUAGA